UUGCAGUUGGUACUGAUCAUCGGUGAUUUUCACAUACCGCAUCGCAGUCAUAAUAUUUGUGCCAAAUUUCGUAAAUUACUCGUGCCGAAUAAAAUGCAGCACGUGAUUUGUACAGGCAAUUUGUGUACAAAAGAAACGCUUGACUAUCUUCGUUCAUUGGCAUCUGACGUUCAUGUGGUAAGUAUUGUUUUU